CAGUUCUGAUCCCCUGGUAAUCUAUAAUGGAGACAUUUGUUAUCAUUUUAAUAACCGUAAGUGCCACACUGGCAUCACCCCAAAGAACAAUAAAUGACCAAACUUGGUCAAAAUUCAAACAAACUCACAAUAAAGAAUAUUCUACUAAAACAGAGGAAGUGAAACGACUGGCAAUAUUUAGGGAAAACUUAUCCAAAAUUGAAGCACACAAUACGAGAUUCAAAAACGGAGAAGUCACUUAUUUCAAAGCCAUGAACAAAUUUAGCGAUUUGACAACAGACGAAUUUCUUGCUUUUAUCAAUCGUAACAAAUUAACAAAGCAAGAAAAAAACUACCAAAACCUCAAAAAAAUUAACAGCACAAAAAUCGAACAAUAUGAAAGUCAAGUCGAUUGGAGAUCGAACGGAUUAGUUAGCGAAGUUAAAAAUGAAGCAGCUUGCAGUUCAUCGUGGAGUUUCAGUGCUAUUGGGGCUGUUGAAGGGCAACUGGCACUCAAAACAAACCAAUUAACUUCCCUGAGUGAGCAAAACCUAAUCGACUGUUCCGCAGACUUCGGCAACAAUGGUUGCAAUGGGGGUUUUGCGACAAAUGCUUAUUCUUACGUCAGUCAACAAGGAAUAAUGUCGGAGAAUGAUUACCCAUACGAAGGGAAAUCAAAUGUUUGUAGAUUUGACGCUUCAAAAUCAGUUACAACCGUCACAGGGUAUUACGAUAUUGACGCCAACGACGAAAUAUCCUUGCAGAAUACUAUAGCUAUGAUGGGGCCCGUUGCCGCCACUGUUGAAGCAACCGAAGAACUUCAAUUUUAUAGUGGGGGAAUUUUAUUGGACGAAAAGUGCAAUAAUAAAGUUCCAGAUUUAAAUCAUGGGGUUCUUGUGGUUGGUUAUGGAACGAAAGAUGAAAAUGAUUUUUGGAUUAUUAAAAAUUCCUGGGGGAGCAAAUGGGGAGAAGAAGGCUACUAUAGGCUUGUACGUAAUCAUGGUAAUAAUUGUGGUAUUGCAACUUCUGCAACACUCCCAAUUUUAUAAAGCAGUUGAUUUUUUUUCCAAGUUAUGGUUUAUAAUAGCAAGUUCAUUUAAGUUGAAUAAAAACCAAAAUGACUCACUCUAG